AUGGAGCGGAUAGCGCGCGCCUUCCUCUUUCACGAGGAUCUGGCCACUCAAGACGAAGGAGCCACGCUGGAUGAAGCGCUGGAGCAUGUACUCUGGUACUAUCCCGCCGAGGCGUCGCGCCCGGAGCGCGUGAAGCACGUUGGUCUGGCGCAGGCCCUACUCGCCUUCGGUGACCGCUUUCACCAUCGCCACCAGCAGCAGCAGCGGCGGCGGAGACGGCGGAGACGGCACGAAAAUGGUGCCGCUGCCGGCGGCGGUGACGGCGGCGAAGAGGAAUCGAGGGAGUGGCCUGGCGUGCCGUCGGGGAAGGUCGAGGUGGUGCGCACCAGGCAGCAUUGCCACGGCUUCUUGGAGUGCGAGCCAGGGGUGUGGCUGGUGAUGGUAAUGGUCAGCCGGCGGCGACAGGAGCAGCAGCCGGAGGACGCUGGAAACCCGAAGGCCUCACGCCCCUCCACCCGAAGCCUGCUCCGCUCCGCUGUCUUCGGCCGGGGCAUCGGCAUUUCCCCUCCGUCAGCGACGACCGACCCGCGAGGCCACGGGAGCAGGGCUGAUCAUCGCGUCGAUGCCGCCGUCCGGUCGCCCUCUCCGGCGGCACGCGACCGUUCGCCUUCUUCUCCUGCUGCCGCGCGGUCGGUCAGGAAUGAUAGGGCUGGAGGAGGUGGCGGCGGGUCCGGCGACUGGGUGGACGAGACGGCGCUACAUGCGGCGAUGGGGACGGCGUACCAGACCUUGGCGUUGAUGCACGGGCCGGUGUCUUCGGCCCUCGACGCCCCGGCGGCGUUGCCGCCGCCGCCGUCGGGGGAGGGCGUGGGGGGGGGAGGCGAUAUCACCGUCCCCGGGUUGGAAGUGCUUCGGAGGCUUGCCUCCGCCCGAAAGCGACUGCGGAAGGCUAAGAAGAAGGCGCUGGAUCUGGCAGAACACGCCGCUUGUUCAGGGGAGGUGGGAGAGAUCGGCGAAGAGGGGGGCUCCGUGGAAUCGCUCCGCCAGGAGUUGCUAGAGAGCCGCGUCAGGCUGGAGGAGCGGGAGGUGGCGGUGUUACUGCGAGCCUCCCCAGCUGAGUUUCUGAGGGAAACCUUGGAAGACUUCUUCUCGAGCUAUCUCCCGGGAGCGGGCCUAGCGGAGCCCCACUUCCACCUCGACAUGGGAUAUCCCCAAUCGCUGCCAAUGGACCCUUACCGGCGGCAGCUGGGCCUUCGCAUUCAACGCCGCGUGCGGCAACGCAUCCGCUCCCUCCUUCUCGGCGGUGGCAUCGACGUCGAGGUAGACUUCGCUAUGACUCUAGCCGGCGGAGCGCUUCUGUUGGCAUGCAAAGACCCGCAGCCGGUUGCGGCGGCCAUCCUUGGGCAAAACAGCACCGCCGGCGUGAACUCCUCGACGAGAAACGGUUGCAAGGAAGAGAGACAGACGAACGGCGGCGUCGACAAGGCCAGCGGCGGAGGCACCGGCGGAAAAGAAACUGUCGAAAACAUUCUCGGCCGGGACGCAGCAAGCGCCGGCUCCGAGAAGCAGACUCCCGGGGAAACGGGAGGCGACGAAUCUCGAGGCAAGCCCCAGCAGCAGCAGUCGGGCGGAGGAGCCGUCCUGUCGGGCAAGGAGGCGUUGCUGUUGGUGGGGUACCUGCACGCCGCCGCUCUCACCGCCGCGGAGACCGGGAGGGCGCAAGAAGGAAGCGUCGCCGGGCCGUCGGGGGCGGCGGCGGCGGCGGCGGCGUCCCCGUUGUUGGGCGAGGAGGACGGCGGUAAGGAGGAGGGCGGCGAGGAAGAGGGCCCGCCGAUGUCUCUUUGGGCCGCCUUCCGGAGCGGCAUCUCUAGCAACGAUGACGACGACAACGAUGCUGGCGUGAAGGGGAGCGGCGGCGGCGGCGGCGGCGGCGGCGGGGUGCGACCAGCACGGCCGCCGCCGGCUACCGGGGCAGGAGGCCUGUUGCGUCGCGACGGGAGCCUGGCGUCUUGCGCCGAAGCUUCCGUGCUGCGGUAUGGUGGUGACACCGGCGAUUGUGCCAUCUGGGCCCCCGAACUCCACUACGGUGUUGCUGAACGCCCUGGGAUCACACGAGACAAUCCAAGAAACGAAAAGGCGUUUGCGGCACGAGGCAGCACACCACCGGCGGCGACGUCAGCGGCGGCGGCGGCGUCUGCCGAUGCGGGUUCUUUUACCGGUCGAGAUGGAAACUCCUUCCAGAGACGGCGGAGACGGCGAGCUGUGGCCUACGUGCGGGGCGGGCUGUGCGCCCUCGUGGCCUUCCGUGAACGAGAGCGACGGUGCGAUGGCACUGGUGGUGCUGCUGGCGGGGAGGAGGUGGCAACGGGCGAUGACGCACAAGGGGAAGUCGGACAGCCGCGACUAGACCAGGGGGCGGCACACGGCUCGGAUGAACCGCGCUUUAGCUGGCCAGCCGACGAUGAGCGGGCGGGGGCCGGCGGGUGGAGUGAACUGCAGUUGCUCUCUCUGGGACGAGCCAUAGAGACGAGCUUGUCGGAAGACCCCGAUCUCACCGUGCUAGAGGACGACGUCGGUGAUUUCUACUUCCAGCUGUUGACGGCGGGCGAAGACGCCGGCGGCAACGACGCACGGUCGGGUAGCGGCGGCCACCCGCGGAGACGCCAGCAGUCUCGCAGAUCGGGGCCGGUGCGGACUGUCCACCACCAGGACUCCCCUCUCCCUUGCUUCUCCGGGACCGGGAUCGUGCGCCACCCCCCCGCCCCCGCACCCGCCGCUCAGCUUGGCGGCUCCGGCUUGCCGGUGGGGGCGGGCGACGACUCCGCGGGCGCUGAGGACGACAACCGCCUCAGUGUCUCGGGGUCAUCUGGUGAAGGCCCCGUCGUCGGAAGACUAGCUGCCGACGUUAGCAGCAGCGGCGGCGGCGGCAGCAGCGCGUUGUUGCUAUUCGGGGGUCGAAAGGAGUCCGGUGUAUGCGGGGGGGAUGGUGGAGGCAACGGGAGCGCCGGCGGCGAUGUCGGCCCCCUGCUGGACGCGUUCGGGCGGCAGGGCAGACCCGACCUCGGAGUGGAGGCGAUGAGAAGGAGAGGCGCCGGGGGAGAGCAGGAGCUGUCCGUGCUGGACGAGGUUCACGCCUGCUUGACCAGAGGAGACGGCGGCGGAACCGGGAGGAGCGCCGCUUCGCCCGCUGCCCGGGAGAUCGGCAUCCGAACGUCCAUGUCGAAAGGGAACCGGUGGGUGAUCGGGAGGCGGCUUGCUGGGGAGAGCGGCGGCGGCGGCGGUAGAAGCCGCCUUGGGCAUGAAGUGUAUGCUACCAUCGAGGCGCCCGUUUUGUCCGUCGGGGACGCACGCGCCGCCGCUAGCAGGGUGUUUUCGGGGGUGGCGUGCGACGGUCUCGCUGCCGGUGAUGGCGCUGUUGCUGGCCGCCAGAGCGCUGAACCCGAUCGAUCGAGAGCGUCUGAGAAGGGGCUUGAGCGGCGGCGUUUCCUGAGAUAG